ACGCCAUUUAGAGUUAGGCUGGAAAAGGACCUUUCUAAGAAUGCGGAAGUGGAGCAGUGAAUUCCUAUAGAUCUUUCUUAUUGUACUUCAGUGCAAUGGACAGUUCUAUAGGAUAUGAUUAAGUGGGAUGGAUGAAAACAAUGAAUGUGGCGAGGUGGACUAUUUGCUGCAAGCUGAAGACUCACUCAUAGAGGGAGUCAGCAACCCAGUCCUGUUGGUUGUCGUUCUCAGUGUCACGUUCCUGUGUGGACUGGUAACUCUGCUCUGCAGAAAUGAGCAGUAUAACAUCCACCCAGAGAACCAGGAACAUGUUCGUGCUGUCCGGCAACAGCUACAGUCCGAAUCUCAGGAAGCUGAACCAGCCGAACCCAGGCAACAGUUCUAUACAGACAUGUCCUGUCCAGUGUGUCUACAGCAGGCCGUGCUGCCUGUGGAAACUAACUGCGGCCACCUCUUCUGUGGUUCUUGUAUAAUUGCGUAUUGGAGAUAUGGGACGUGGUUCGGCGCAAUCAAUUGUCCCAUCUGCAGACAAAUGGUGACCCUGUUGUUCCCACUCUUCCACGAGGAAGUAUCCCCUCAGCAGGUACAGGAUGGAACGGUUGAACCUGUCUUCAUCCUCCGGGAUCUCAGCGACUACAACCGCAGGUUCUCCGGACAACCCAGAUCUCUGAUGGACCGGCUGCGUGACGUGCCCACGUUGCUGCGCCACCUCUUCAGGGAGAUGUUCUCCGUCGGAGGCCUGUUCUGGAUGUUUCGGAUCCGUGUCCUGCUGUGUCUGAUCGGGGCUUUGACUUACCUGAUCUCCCCUCUGGACUUCAUCCCUGAGGCUCUGUUCGGCCUGCUAGGCUUCCUGGACGACUUCUUCAUCAUCCUGCUUCUCUUCAUCUAUAUCUCGAUCAUGUAUAGAGAGGUGGUGACCCAGAGACUGGCAGGGUGAUGAAGAGAGGUGGUGACCCAGAGACUGGCAGGGUGAUGAAGAGAGGUGGUGACCCAGAGACUGGCAGGGUGAUGAAGAGAGGUGGUGACCCAGAGACUGGCAGGGUGAUGGAGAGAAGGGGUGACCCAGAGACUGGCAGGGUGAUGGAGAGAAGGGGUGACCCAGAGACUGGCAGGGUGAUGGAGAGAGGUGGUGACCCAGAGACUGGCAGGGUGAUGGAGAGAAGGGGUGACCCAGAGACUGGCAGGGUGAUGGAGAGAGGUGGUGACCCAGAGACUGGCAGGGUGAUGAAUAGAGGUGGUGACCCAGCAACUGGCAGGGUGAUGAAGAGAGGUGGUGACCCAGAGACUGGCAGGGUGAUGAAGAGAGGUGGUGACCCAGAGACUGGCAGGAUGAUGAAGAGAGGUGGUGACCCAGAGACUGGCAGGGUGGUGAAUAGAGGUGGUGACCCAGAGACUGGCAGGGUGAUGAAGACAGGUGGUGACCCAGAGACUGGCAGGGUGAUGAAGACAGGUGGUGACCCAGAGACUGGCAGGGUGAUGAAGAGAGGUGGUGACCCAGAGACUGGCAGGGUGAUGAAGAGAGGUGGUGACCCAGAGACUGGCAGGGUGGUGAAGAGAGGUGGUGACCCAGUGACACAAUGUGGUGACACAAUGCCAGAACCAGUGACCUAUAAUCGAUUAGUUUCAUGUCAAAGGCACUCGGUGAGGAGGGUGCUCUGUGUCUGUUGCUUUGGAUUGGAGUUCCACCAUGCAAAAGAUUGGGGACUAGUUGCUGUGUCUGCUGGCAUCAAAAUGUCUAUGAUUGAGAGUCCUAAAGUUAAUAUUCAGUCAUAAUGUCUGCUUGUUUCAUCAGUUGAGAUGUAAUCCUUUUGAAUCUGAAAGUGUGUGUGUUUAAAAAAAUAUAUAUAUAUUAUUAUUAUUUAAAAACAUUUUUUUAGGAAUUGACUAGUUACCAAGCAGCUGCUGGAUUCAAUCUAGUCUUUGUAUAAAUAGCUGGACUACCCUGUAGCAUGGCAUGUAAAAUCAAUCUGGGAAAAAUAUGUGACAUGUUAAAGAGACUGUUAUCU